AUGUUCAAGUGGGCGCAGCAGCAGCUCGCCAACGUCGCCGGCACCAAGGAGCCCAUCUAUGGCCCUGAGGCAAUCCAGUCCGUUGCCGUCGAGGCCGAGACCACACCCUAUACCGAGCUCACCCGCGAUGACCUGAAAUGGCAGGCCAUGACCUCGACCAGCGUCGAGACCCAGAGCUUCUACCUCAUGGCUGACAACGGUCAGCUUGGGUUUGCCCAAGUCAUCUAUAGUAACGUGGCGGGCAUCCACACGACCUGCCAGUUCAACUGCAAGCUCUUUAGCCUCGAUUCCUCGAAGCCCCACCUCUGGUGCUCGACCCAGCUCACCAACCCCGACUUCAGCGAGGACAAGAGUAGCUUCUUCGCCGACGACUGCGCCGUCGAGCUCUCCGAGGACGGAACCACCUACACAAUCAAGUCGAUGAAUGACGACCGGGCCAUCGUCAACUUGACCAUCAAGCGGGCCGGUCCCGGCUUCCAGGUCGGCAGGACGGGCAAGACGCUGUUUGGCACCGAUCUCAAGAACCCAUGGGGCACCAUGCGCCAUGCUUUCUGGCCACGCUGCACAGCCGAGGGCACCAUCAGCACCAAGGAGGGGCCGGUCGAUUUCAGGGGCAAGGCCACGUACAUCAUGGCUCUCCAGGGCAUGAAGCCUCACCACGCGGCGGCCAAGUGGAACUUUGUCGACUUCCAGGGUCCCACUUACACGGCUGUGGUGAUGAAUUUUACCACUCCUCCUUCCUACGGCUUGACCGAGGUGACGAUUGGUGGUAUUGUCAAGGAUGGGGAGAUCGUCAUGGCGAACUGCAAGAGCACAGUUACUCACACCAAGUCGAAGAGCGACGGGGAGAACGGGUGGCCCGAGCCCGAGACCAUCAAGUACACUUGGACGGGAACGACCAAGGAUGGCAAGCCGGUCGAGGCUUCGUUGGAGGGUGCUUUGGAGAAGAGGCUCGACAGGAUAGACGUCAUGGCCGAGGUGCCUGGAUUUGUCAAGCAGAUUGUUUCGAGUGCUGCCGGAACAAAGCCUUAUAUCUACCAGUACUACCCCCAACAACAAAAACUCACUCUCAAGAUCAAGGUCGACGGCCAAGAAGUCAGCGAGCAGGGCACCGUCUUUGCCGAGUCCACCUUUAUUUCCGAGUGA